UCUGAGAUCAUGACCAAUACUCAUACGCCAUACUGACUCUAUGUAGGUCCAUAGUCAAUCUGCAUUAUUCAGCCCUGAGAUUUUCCUACAAAACCAGAGUAUAUAGUUGAACAUAUGAACAAACUCACCCGUACCCUGUCUAGCACACUUCCCCGCUUACAGCAACAAGCGCAACAUCUUGCCACCAUGUCUUCACGACCAGAUAUCACCCUAUAUACAGACGCUACGCCCAAUGGAAUCAAAAUCUCCAUCGCCCUCGAGGAGCUCGGUCUGCCGUAUAAAACUGAGCACAUCAACAUCUCGACCAACAAGCAAAAAGAGCCGUGGUUCCUGGAAAUCAACCCGAAUGGUCGCAUCCCAGCAAUAACCGACACCUUCAGCGAGGGGCAGAAGAUCCGAAUAUUCGAGGGUGGCAGUAUCCUGCAAUACCUCGCCGAAGAAUACGACAAGGACCACAAGGUCAGCUACCCCAAGGGCAGCCGCGAGUACUACGAGGUGAACAACUGGUUGUUCUUCCAGAACGCUGGUCUGGGCCCUAUGCAGGGCCAGGCCAACCAUUUCGUGCGGUACGCACCCGAGAAGAUCGAGUAUGGCGUCAAUCGUUAUGUCAACGAGACGAGGCGUCUGUACGGUGUGCUGGACAAGCAUCUCCAGUCCUCCAAAUCGGGUUUCAUUGUCGGCGACCACAUCUCCAUUGCCGACAUCACCUGCAUAGGCUGGGUCAUGUGGGCGGCUUGGGCCGGCGUGGAGAUCGAUGAGUUCCCGACCUUGAAGAAAUGGGAGGAAAUGAUGUUGGCAAGGCCGGGCGUCAAGAAGGGUGCCGAUGUGCCCAAGCCGCUAAAUAUCAAGGAGAGGCUCAAGGACAAGGAUGCGGCGGACAAGUAUGCCAAGGAGUCGAGUUCGUGGAUCGUUCAGGGCAUGCACGAUGAUAAAAAGAAACAUGAAUCAUAGUGCCUGCUAAGCAUCGCCUGUGCCUUUGAGAGGAGGUGUGUGGCAACUGUAGGAUAAGUCUUUGCCAGGAUUGACAUAUUCUCCGCAAGGACAUACUAGGAUUCAAGUCAUGCCUUUUCAUGGACAAUUCCGCGCGGCUUCCCUGCACCUAUUCAAUGCAAGUCCACAACUUCGAUGAUUUCUUCACUUGCAUAAUACCGGGUCAACAGAUCCUGCCCGUUAAUCGGGCAUUCGCCUGCUCUUGGCCAUCUCCAGCAAGUGCAGAAGGGCGCUAGUACCGAUUUGUUCGGG